UUUUGCCUCAGUCGGAAACAACCGCAAAAAAGUUAAACACUGAAAUCUAAUUUCCGUAACUAGGACCAACUAUAUAGUAAAACAAAAUAAAGCAAAAAAGUUUAGCCAAUCCAUAAAAGAAAAAAAAGGGAAUUGCCAAAGGCAACGGUCCAUGGUGCUUUUUCAUUGUUAAUAAUCAUUGGGCUCCUUAUAUUUUCAUUUGAAUUCAAUUUUUGGGGGAGAUUUAAUUAGGGUUUUGAAGAAAGGAUGAAGGAGGUGGUCGUCCAUAUAUAUGAUGUGACGAAUAGUGGGUCAGAUAAGACGAACAAUACAAUUGUUCAGAUCAAUAAGUUUUUCAAAGAUGGUAUUGGCCUAGGUGGCAUAUUCCAUAGUGCUGUUCAGGUUUAUGAAGAUGGCGAGUGGUCAUUCGGAUUCUGUGAGCAAGGUACUGGAGUUUUUAGCUGUCCUGCUGGGAAAAAUCCAAUGUAUACAUACCGUGAAUGCAUUGUACUUGGAAACACAAACCACUCUAAGUCCGAAGUGAACCAGAUUCUGAGAGAGCUUAGUAGAGAGUGGCCUGGGCAGUCAUAUGAUCUAUUGGCAAAGAAUUGCAAUCACUUUUGUGAUGAAUUUUGUGAAAGACUUGGUGUUGAAAAGCUUCCUGGUUGGGUUAACAGGUUUGCUCAUGCUGGUGAUGCUGCUGUUGAGAUAGCAGGAACAACUGCCUUUAGGCUGAGGCAAGCUAAAACAGAGAUCGUUACAGCUAGUAAAGUGGCAUAUAGGUUCUUCGCAGGAGUUGCUUCCAACAAUUCAGUUGCCCCCGACUCUCCUGGUAACUCUGAUCGAGGAACUCCUAGGUUUCAAGCUAAUUGGUUUAAAAACUUUAUCACCACUGGUGCCAAACCAUCCAGUUCAGAUUUAGAGAAUCACAGUGAAGAGAUGCUAGGACAGCAGCAGCAGCACAGCACAGAGAUCCCUCUGAGGCAAAACUUGCGGCAGGACAGCUAAAAGAAUUCCACUCAUCUGCGCUGUUCCAUGUUAUAGUUCAUGUUGUACUCAAGACAUGAGGAAUAUGGUUUCUCACUCCAAUCCCUGUUAUUGUCAAGAAAAUGCAAGCUUAUUGCUGCUGAAUGCUGAUCUAUGUAAAUCAUUUUGUUUUUCUGGUACUUAAAUGUUGUAAUUUGUUAUGGGAUAAUGUAAAUUGUUCUGCUCUUUUGGUUAUGCUGAUUUUAAUGCUAGAAACUGCACGCACAAA